AUGUUUGAAGGAUUUGGGAUAUCAGAGACUUGACUGUGAACUUCCAGAAACUGCCCAUGCUUCAUACGUCCUGUACAAGUUCAUCCUGUUUCCUAUCAAGUUUACCUGAAUCUAUUAUUGCAGCUGCGUGUUCCAGAAGUGGCCAGAGAGUUCUUCAUGUUGAUUCGAGAAAUUACUAUGGCGGAAACUGGGCCAGCUUUAGCUUUUCAGGGUUGUUGUCCUGGAUUAAAGAAAACCAGCAGAAGACUGAUGUCAAUGAUGAAUGUGAAGACUGGAGAAAACUGAUCCUUGAGAACGAAGAAGUUAUUUCUCUGAACAAGACGGAUAAAACUAUUCAACAUGUAGAGGAUUUCUGUUUCAGCAAUCAGGAUUCAGCUGAAGAUAUUGAAGAAGCUGGUGCUUUGUCAAAGCUGCCUGUCUUUGGAGCCUCUGGUGCUGAGGGGGCUGCUCAGGAAUCAGAAAAGGAGAGUGCACCUGUGGGAAGUGCCUUGCCCGGGGCUGAGAGCUGGGAACCAGAAAAGGCUGCAGGCAGUGACCCAGCGAGUGCAACAGAAAGGAAUGAUGCAGAAAUAACCUCUGAGGGUGGAAGUUCUCAUAGCGCACCUCUAGGCGAGUCCACUUUGGAACUGGGAAAAACAGAAGCUGCACCCUCAGAAAUUUCUACCCAAGAACCAAAGAAAAUCACGUAUUCCCAAAUUGUUAGAGAAGGCAGAAGGUUUAAUAUUGAUUUAGUUUCCAAGCUCCUUUACUCCCGAGGUCUGUUAAUUGAUCUUCUGAUUAAGUCAAACGUUAGCAGAUAUGCAGAGUUUAAAAAUGCCACACGAAUUCUUGCCUUUCGGGAAGGAAAAAUAGAACAGGUACCUUGUUCCAGAGCAGAUGUCUUCAACAGCAGACAGCUCACUAUGGUGGAAAAGAGAUUGCUGAUGAAAUUUUUGACAUUUUGUUUGGAAUAUGAACAGCACCCUGAUGAAUACCAAGAUUACGAGAGCAGUACAUUUGCUCAGUUCUUAAGAACACGGAAGUUAACACCCAGCUUGCAACACUUCAUUCUUCACUCUAUAGCAAUGGUAUCAGAGACUGAUUGCAGCACCAUUGAAGGUCUCCAGGCAACCAAAAAAUUUCUUCAGUGCCUUGGCCGCUAUGGCAAUACGCCAUUUUUGUUUCCUUUAUAUGGUCAAGGAGAGAUUCCACAGUGUUUCUGCAGGAUGUGUGCUGUAUUUGGUGGUAUCUAUUGUCUUCGCCAUUCUGUGCAGUGCCUUGUAGUGGACAAAGAAUCUGGACGAUGCAAAGCUAUCCUAGAUCACUUUGGACAAAGAAUAAGUGCCAGCUAUUUUGUUGUGGAAGAUAGUUACCUGUCAGGGAGCACAUGUAAAAAUGUGUGUUACAGACAGAUCUCCAGAGCAGUACUCAUCACAGAUCAGACCAUCCUAAAAACAGAUUCAGAGCAGCAGGUUUCCAUUUUGAUGGUACCUCCAGUGGCUCUAGGGCAACCGGCAGUUUGCAUGAUUGAGUUGUGUUCCUCAACCAUGACAUGCAUGAAGGACACUUAUUUAGUUCACUUAACCUGUCCAUCAACUGAAACUGCUAGAGAAGAUUUAGAACCUGUUGUACAGAAGUUGUUCAGUCUAAAUACUGAAACAGAAAAAGAGACUGAAAAUGAGGAACUGGAAAAACCCAGAGUCCUCUGGGCUGUGUACUUCAACAUGAGAGAUUCUUCAGGCAUCGACAGAAAUUCAUAUGACAGCUUACCUUCUAAUGUUUAUGUCUGUUCUGGACCAGACGCUGCUUUAGGAAAUGACUGUGCUGUCAAACAGGCUGAGACCAUUUUCCAAGAAAUGUUUCCUACGGAGGAAUUUUGCCCACCACCACCAAAUCCAGAAGAUAUUAUAUAUGAUGAAGAUGAGCUUGCACCAGAAGAUUCUGGAUUCAGUAAUUCACCAGAAACAAAACCUGAACCCUCACCUGAGGAAAGCUGUGGUGGAGGGAGUACUGCUGUUGAGCAAGAACGUAAUGAAGGAUGAAGUACCUCUGUUUUCUUAGUGGAAGAAGAGGUUGACCCAGACUAAAAAGUAGGGGAGGAAGGGUAAGAAAAAGAGGGUUUUUUAAAAAUAAAUAAAUAAAUAAAUAGCAAGCUGUAUUAUUUGUGAUUGCCUUACUAUCCUUAGCUUGAAUAUGCUCUUUCUUCUUCAAAUAGUUUCACUGAGUUCUAAAUAAAAGCAUAGUCAACCAGUUCGAGGGUGUUAGUAGCUAAACAAAAUUUGUUUAAAAAAAAAAAAAACCCAAAUUAUUUCAAAUGAAAAUGUUAAAAUAAGAUUCAUGAUUUCUUUUUAAGAGAAUUUGGUUUUGUUUUACAUUUUGGAAAGACUCCUCCAUCUUUCAAACAGGCACAAAGUUGAAACUAAUCAAAAGAAAAAAUAUGCAAGUAUGCUUACAAAUUUGAAGAUGACCCUCUAGUGUAAGUUAUCACAGUUCUUCAAAAAAAGAAGGGUCUGUUAUAACUUGACAGCUGAAUGUGAGCUUCAUAAGCAUCAUGAGCUUCAUAAGCUAGCUAUCCUGCAAGGUGGCUGAAUGGUUGUGAAUGGAACUUAAAGGCAGUAUUGACGGUUCUGAGGUGAUUUUUAGAAUACAUAAUACCACAUUUAAUUUGUAUCAUGAAAAGUUUCUUGUAUGAUUUUGAAACUGAUGUCAUAAUUUAGAAGCAAAUAUCAUCCACUAGAUACUCCUCACAUGACUAUUUUACGUACAGAAUGUUUCUUAAUGAGACCUAACUGUUGCAUGAUCACAAAUAUUUUAUUAAUGACUUCAUUUACUGUUGUCAGGAAAAUAGCACUAUUUAAAAUUAAUGCUAGUCUUCUCUACAAAAUUAAGGUUUAUAACUGGAGCGUACUUGGUGUUAGUUUCCCCAUAUUUGUUUGGGCCCCUGCUAAGCUAGUAAUUUAAUUUUUUGCAAGUUUCAUGUCUGAGAAGUUUAGUUUAUGAUUAAUUUUGUGUUUUGUGGGGAGGAGGAGAAGGAAGAUGUUCAACUGAUUAGAACUCCAAAGGUUUGUACUGAUCCUGGGUAAGAGGUUUGAAAUUAGUAUGAUAGUUGUAAAUUAUGCAUUUUGUAAUGGUAAAUCAUAAAGCAUAUUUAUACAAUAAAAUUUAUUGAAGUAUUUAUAAACUUAGUUUAUAUGAAGAAUUGCAAAACGAGAAAGUUGUUGUAUAUGACCAUGAUAGACUUGUACCUCUUUUGAACAAUGCUUGAAAUCGCAUAUUCCGAUAAUGAAAAAUGUUUAGCUUUUACUUUAAGAUUUAUCUUAAAAUAUAUACCCAGUAGAUCGUCUGUAUCAGUGAAUUUUGAUGAUAGUCAGAGUUUAAACUUCAGCGUGAACUUAGAUACAGUAUUUAAGCAAAUAAAUGAACGAAACAAAUGAAAAUGCCAUCAAAUAAUGAAUACACAGCACUGCCUGCAAUUGACGCAGCCGGGCUUUUGUAGUUUUCCAGAGCACGUGCCUGCCUUUAAAAUGGCUUCAUGCCAUGAAGGUCAACUUAUUUAUUUUUUUACGGCCUAACUGACACGGUUAACUUCACUUUUUGUCUUGCAUCCUAAUACAAUGUCCAGCUUGCAUUUCAGAAAUCCGUGUGUUAGUGUUUACAUUGUGUGUUUAUCAGAUAGGCGUCAUUGUGUAUGUAAUUUCAAAGUUCUCAGAAAAAAGUGGCUGAAAUGUUUCCAAAGUUAAGCUGCAGUUAUCUUUGGAUGCUUGUGAUUAAGCAGUUAUUUAUAUGUAGUAAUAAGCAGGCUGCCUCUUUGCUUAGCUGUAAUUUUUGUGUAUUGGAAAGCAUGAGUAUAUGGUAAUUGUAUUUAACAUCUACAGAUCUGUAAAAGACCUGAGUGGAGGACCUUGUUCAUGUUUGCCUUUCAGUAAUAGGGAUCAUAGCUGAACUUGUCAUCUGCAGUGUUUACAAAGAAAUCGUUUGAAAAUUAAAGGUUUGCUUGCAAGUGCCUA